AAGAAUAAGAUGGGGAGGGGGAAGAUUGUGAUUGAGAGGAUCGACAACCCGACGAAUCGUCAGGUGACCUUCUCCAAGAGGCGCGGAGGGCUGAUGAAGAAGGCCCGGGAGCUCGCCAUCCUCUGUGACGCCGAUCUCGCGCUCAUCGUCUUCUCCAGCACCGGUCGCCUCUACGACUUUGCGAGCUCCAGCGGAAUGGAGGCAAUACUAGAGCGGUACCAGGAGGCGAAAGAGGAGCACUACGGGGUGCUGAAUCCAACAUCAGAGGCAAAGUUAUGGCAGAGGGAGGUUACAACCUUGAGGCAGCAAGUGCAAAACUUACAACACAAUAAUAGGCAACUGUUGGGAGAGGAGCUAUCUGGCACCACUGCUCGAGAUCUGCUGUUUUUGGUGAACCAAGUUGAGACGAGCUUGCAUUCCGUAAGAAAGAGGAAGGAGCAACUUAUGGCUGCAGAGAUUCAUGAACUCAACCAAAAGGGAUUUCACAUUCAAAAGGAAAAUGUAGAACUUGGCAAAAAGUUGAGCAUUGCUCAUGAGCACAAAAUAGAGCUGCAGAAGAAGGUGAGAAGUGCCAUGGAUUCUCAUCUUUCCGGGGCGAUGAGAUCGAGUGGGCAGCAAGCCAGUGGAAGCAGCUCAAAAGCUGCUGCCGGGUUAUUGUUGUCGACUAGAGUACGUGAACCAAAUAUUGACCUUGAGUUGCGCCAGCAGGAGCAUGAGGAUGAAUAACAUCUACUAUGUCGUCCACUG